AUGUCGCCAACGCUUCCGGCUCCUCUCAUACCGCUUCCGGAGGGUUCUCAAGGUGCAGCUGAGAAUGGCCAAGACGAUCUGUAUGCUACCCUCUUUUCUCCACCAACACCAAGAGCGUCGCCAGAGCCGGAAUCUAAUCCAAUUGACAUGGCAAAAUCAUCACGCGCACGACGGCAUACGCGGACGCCAUCCUCAGACUCAGAGUUUGGUUCAUUCAUUUCUGUGCCAUUCUCCGAGGACCCGCUCCAACCGUCAACUUCCAAUCUCGACAUGACGCCGCUUUCUCCUAUACAGAACAUCAAUUUUUUUGAUCGGUUUACCGAAGACGCGCAGGUGGCCACGGAGAGAAAUAAGCGUGGCCUCUUGGACGAGCUGCUCAAGCAUGAGGAUGAUCCUAUGUAUUUCUUGCAACUUGAGCGCGAAAACGUGUCUGGAACAGCAACUCCCAUCCCUAUAUCUCCACGUGAAGCCCAGCCCGCGGUCGGUAAUGCACAAGUCGACCCGCCGCUGGGUUUGGACACAAGCACAACGAAAUCUGCAUCACCUGUGCGGCAGCCACGACAACUAUCUCGCCAGAGGAGCAGAUUCGAAGUCGACAGGUCGCGCUCGAUUUCUCCUCCGCUACGCUCACCUUCUCUACCACCGUCGUCGCCUGCGCGCAUUUCCAAACCGGAGAUACAGCGGUCACAGUCAUCUUUCUUCACACCUACUUCCCUUCCCUCGCGCUGGAUGACCUCUCUGCUAUCGUCGGCCGUCCGUUCAUCACCACCACGUCAGCGCGCAACCACAGACGAAAGCAAGCGAAGCGAUGAACCAACAAUCGUUCACACAGCCACCCUUCCCUCUGUGUUACCAUCACAAUUGAUGGACUCUCUCAGCAAUCUCGCGCGUCCGUCGGGUGCAAUAGCGACACAUCCAUUGUUAAGUACUGCGGUAGAUGAUGCUAUUACGCACGGCACGCCGUUCGCUGCUCACCCAUUCGUCCCUGCUACCGGCGCCCCGGGUUUCGCUGGCGACAGAGACUGGAAUAAGGGAUUCGAGUUCGACAAGUCGAAGGUGGAACGGAGGAGUGUGCGUCUCGUCGGACGGAAAGAGGUCACCACGCCCGUGUUGAAUGCUGAGCUAGCUGAUGCGUUACGUCCGCACUUUCCUGCACUGUCACGUCUCCCGCGCUCCUGGUCGCUGUUGUACAGCCUUGAUCAGCACGGGAUAUCGUUGAACACGCUAUACACACGUUGCCAGAGCCACAUGGGCGGGGCGCUCGUUGUGAUGCGGGAUUCCUCAGAGGCAAUCUUUGGCGCAUGGAUGGGUGAGGGGAUUCGCCCUUCAAAGGGAUCGUAUUAUGGCAGCGGCGAGUCGUUCUUGUGGAAGUUAAUACCAGGCAAGUCGGACAAGCAGUUGCGAGUGUUCAAAUGGACGGGCAAGAACGAUUAUGUGGCGCUCUGUGAGCCAGAGUACAUAUCGUUCGGAGGCGGUGAUGGCCAUUACGGCUUAUACCUCGAUGACUCGUUAAUCGAUGGCUCCUCUGCAUGGUGUCCGACAUACGACAAUGAACCCUUAUGCUCAAGUGGUCCUCGACAGGGAGAGAAUUUACCUUUCAUCGACGCUCGUCCUCUCGUUCCCCAUAACUUCGCGUUUGUGUCCGAGCGUCAUGUGUCGCGGCUAUCAUGGGUGGCCCACAGUAAAGAUUCAGAAUAUCCUUCAAAGGAUCCUGACUUCAGCCCCGUUGAUCCUCUGCUGAUGAAUACCGCGGACGCCACAGCCGAUGGAGCCUCUGAAGAAGUGAGUAACUCGCAGACUCCGGGCGGGCAGUCAUUUACUUCAUUACCUAUCAGUGCCGAGCUCUGGCGGCCAGUGAUCCUGCGAAUAUGGCCCUCGGUGCUCUUUGUGGCUUUGUUGCUGGUAUUGAUUGCUCUUCUCGAGACUUUCAUCCGUCUUUCGGUCGAACGGCACGGUUUCGAGCCUCCCUCGUUGACAUCACAGUACGUGCUCACAUAUGCGCCGGUCGCAUUGCUCAUCGUCAUUGGGUGGAUCUGGCAAAUGUACGAAAUCUCGGUGAAGACACUCGUCCCGUGGGCAAAGAUGCGUGGAAACUUCGUUCAAGCCCGUCACUCCCUACUGUUGGACUAUAUCGGCGAGAACAUCAUAACGGGUUCUAUCAAAGCUAUCUUGAACCGGGACUACACGAUUCUAUGUUGUAUCGUCGGGUCACUGACUAUCGCCGCGGCCACCAUUGUCUCCACUUACAUGUGGUCGGUGAUCCCCACAACGUAUUCGACUUCUGUAUCUCUUACUCAACCAUAUACGUAUUAUGGCGCUCGGCUGGACAGCACUGCUGACGUCGCGCAAUCCCUUGGUAGCUAUCUGACGCGACGCGCGUUGAACCUCGCUGAACCUGCGUGGAUGACGACCGACUACGUGAUUGACGCGUUCAAUAUUACUACUCCGGAGCCGGAUAUGGUCAUCAGCGCUGCGACGAAGGGCUACAAUACGAGUUUGGCCUGUGAUACAGCUGUCACGACUCUUCUCAAUAAUGGAACUGAAAUACAGGUCAACUACGGUGGUGUCACGAACACAUACGCGUGCGAUAUCUUCCCGGACCAACCAGAUAAUUAUACGUUCAUUCCAGAGACAACAUUCGUCUACGCGGCGAAGGUAUACAACUGGACUGUGAAUACUACUACGCCCGCUAUGCUGCUUGCUACGAAAUUGUACGCAGUCGGGAAUUGCGUCGAAGCGACGGCUGUGGCGUGUCUCCCUCGUUACUCGGAGAUUGAUUUGUCUGUCUCCGUUGAUGCGCAAACCGGAGCCUUUAAUGCGUCUCCUCGGGCCAUCGGCCAGUCCUCAACGACUAGCUUUCGAGGAGGCAGUUAUCUGUUGCAGACCAUCGAUAACAACAACGGUGUCACUGGCUCUCCAUGGGAUGAGCAGGGUGCGACAAAUGUGGACAACAACGAUCCGUUCUCGUACAUCCCUUGGGUCAACACGGCACCAAAUGUCACCGAAAUUGGAUCUUACAGUCCUUGGUUUCAUCUCCUUCGCGACAUGCUGUUAUUGUCGCCCGAUGACAUCAUGAAUGCCGAUAUGCUUGCGUCGGGAUCGAAGCAGAUAUUCGCAGACAUUGCACCGAGUGUUAUUCAACAGAGUUCUGUGGCUAAUAAUGAAGAUAUCGAAGGCAGUAUGUUGAUAACGGAGCUUCGACUGGUCGCCCGAUCCUCUUCCGUACACAUCAUUCAGGCAUGCUUUGCUUUGCUGGUAAUCAUGGUCGUAUGCAUCGUCUUUUGGCGUCCACUCGUAAACGUUCCCAGAAAUCCUUCAUCCUUAGGUGCAAUGGCGCUGUUUCUAUCUCAGAGCCCAGCUCUCGAGCGCAAACUGCAGAACAUGGGGUCCCUAUCUUGGUUUGAUAUGGCGCUGUGUUUGCAUGACGCUCAUUGUCAGACAAUCAUAGACGAAAAUGGCAAUUUUCGGGUAUGUAUAAAAGAUGGAGACGAUGGGAGUGAGACUGAGAAUAAACAAAACGUUGCACGUGGUCCUCCAAGUGGGAAGAAGAUGGCUUCUUGGGUUCCUCCCAUCCUGCAUUCUGCUGGUCAGCUUGGACUUGCGGUGAUUCUGGUCGUCUUAAUCGCGGUCCUCGAGCUUCUAUAUCAACUUAGUAACAAGCGGAAUGGGCUGGCCGAGUUCUAUUCCAAUCACAUCUCCGAGUAUGCGUGGUCAUACUCAGCCCCUGCAGUCCUGUUUCUCGCAGGAUUGGCAGUAGACAUGUUCGAUCUUGGUGUUCGAACGAUACAUCCGUACGUUCUUUUGCACAAGGACUUGCGGCCGGGCGGUCGAGCUCUCACGUACGACCCCAUGCAUCACACCAUUUUCACGAUUGGGCAUCACGCUAUCAACCACCGGCAGCCAGUCAUCGUAAUGAGUACUCUGAUGGUCGUCCUCAUACCUAUCCUUAAAGUUGUUGUGGCCGGCUUGUUCAUGACAGGAACAGUCUCAUACACUGCAUCAGUUUCCGUGGCGUUGGACACGACGUUUCAGUUUAAUGACAGCAUCCUUGCUAACGAAACAGCGGUGUUUUUGAAUCCUGACAUUCCCAGUUAUUCUAGUGGCCAGGCUAGCUAUGAGGUGCCCGCACUUGACCUCAUUGUUGGGUUAGGACUUCAAACUCCCGUAUGGACGACGUCAGACAUCGCGAUUGGUAGUGUCAAGAACUCCUCUCUGGAUUCUCUCCCUGCGAAUGCCAAUAUUACCGUCAAACUUCCUGUCCUGCAUAGCGACCUGGUGAAUUGCACCACACCCAACUAUACUGCCAACGUGACGGACGGUGUUGUAUGGCCAUCUCUCCCGUGUCUCGAUACUUUGGUUUUGGAUGGAAACUUCUCGUUUGUUGUUCUCAACGCAACCAGCAACGCGGGCGCUGCAUUUCCUGUUCCCGGACAAAGCAAUUGCACCUCUAUCUUCUUUGUUUACACAAACACGACUGACGCCAAUCUGAUUGUGUGCAACUACACGAUGACACAGUGA